AUGACACUCACCCAAAACAUAACGUUAAAUCCAAAGAUCACAUACUUGAGACAGCAGCUCACUUCACUGGUAUCCCUUCUGUACUUCCGCACAGCAGGCAUGGCUAAGAGACAUUUAUCUAACGCCUUUGCGAACUUCACGCAUACGUGCACACAACACACUCGCAAGAAUGCAAAACCACUAUUCACACAACACAAAGAGCACCGGCGCCCUGCAGGCAAAACAAAUCACAAACUGUUUGGUACUAUUGCUAUGAAUUCAACUUGUUGAAUCUGUAUUUAACCUAUUAAGAGUUACUGAAUUUUAAACAUAAUUUUUAUUGAAUUAUCAUAUAAAAAGUUAAAAAUAAUGAGUUUAAUACCAUAUAUGCGUUCUUUAUUUCAGAUUAGUCAAAAUAAUGUUACAAAAAGGCAUUUAUAUAUCAGUACAGUGCUUAAUAAAUCACGAAUUGCGCGUUACUGGCCAAAACCAAAAGUAGUGCAAGCACUGACAUAUGAAAUGGCAAAUCCACCACAUUAUAUUGCUUCCAGAAAAUCUUGGAAUUCAUGGAAUACAUCGAAUGUAAAAGAUGGUAAUAGACCAUCAGAAACUUUUGUGGAAGAUUCAUUUAUUCGAAAUUUUAUACAAGGAACUUGGCACGGAUUGUUUUUAAGUGAAGUCAUUAUUAAACGUCAACAUAAUAUCAUUAGAAUAGCUGGUAUUGUUCAAUGCAAAUUGAAGCCUAUUCAAAUACAUUUUUUAAUUGGUUAUACUGAACAACUUUUAAGCUUCUGGUUACAUUGUCCAAUAAGAAUGGAAUUAUCAUUAGUACCUAGUAGAGAUGCUGUUGUAUAUAAAUAUAUUUAAUAGAUUUAUAGUCUCAAUUAUUUAGAUAUAAGAUAGGGAUAAACUGUAAUUUUCAUAAAAAAUUAUAUUGUGUAAAUAAAACUAAAUUUAUAAUUCUUAAUUUAUUUUACAUGUAUUUACACUAUUAUGAUUCAUGUAUUGUGCGACUUUUUAUGUUAAAUAUGUCUGCAGAUAAUGUAAUUAAUAUACUUGGAUAUAAAAUUAAAAAAACAUGCAGAUAUAACAUAACAA